UCUAUGAUUUCCUCCCUCCCAAAGGCACUGUCGACUUUGGACUCCGUUACCCUGAUGUACCCUUUCUUUUAUCGGCCAAUGUUUGAAGUCGUUGAAGAUGGCUGGCACUCCUUCCUGCCGGAGCGCGAAUUUGAGCUGCUCAGUUCGGUCACCAGUGAAUGGCGGCUGAGCUACAUCAACAAAGACUUCUCCGUCUGCCCCUCCUACCCGCCCAUCGUCACCGUCCCGAAAUCGAUGGAUGACGAAUCUCUUUGGAAGGUUUCCACCUUUCGUCACGGCGGCCGUUUCCCAGUCCUCAGCUACUACCACAAGAAAAACGGGAUGGUGAGUCGGGCCCUGGACGACAGGAAUACGUUUUUGGGGGUCGAUGAGAUAGACGCGGAAGGCCAUAAGCCAUUCUGCAUUCCGCUGCCUGAAUUCCAGGCCUUGAAAGACCCUGUUUCUUGUAUGAGGUAUGAG